AUGUCGAUCUAUUACGGCGCUGAGAGCGAUUCGGAUGACGAUACAGUGGUAUUGUUAGAACGAUUCUCUCGGCCGUCUCCAUGGUCGAAGACACCCACUACACGGACCUUCCACCUUUUCUUCCGCCUGCCUCCAGAACUUCGCGCCAGGGUAUGGACUAUCGCGCUACACAACCAGAUAGAAUAUGUUGACGACCUCGAUUUCGACCGACCCAACGAAGUACGCAUCCAUAAGGAGAAAGGCACGAUCACCGCUCACGUGAUCCGUGGCUAUCCUACGCUCUUCUUUGUCAACCGAGAAGCCCGCUACGAAGCCGCGAAGAUCGAUGGAGGCACGUGGUACACAUUGAAGCCUGGCGUAGAGAUCUACGUGAACUCCGCCAAGGAGAAGGUUCGCGUCUUCACUUGCUACCAAGGCCCAAAACUCGGAGACUCUCCUUUUGAGAGAGUCGUCAAAUGGUUCUGUGGUGACUGGCACUUCCAAUGUUGUCACGGAAACCCGGAUCUUCCUUAG